GGUUAUGACGUUUCGUUCACAACGUGCAAAAUCCGAAAAGGUUCUGAGUUCGAUCCUCAGUGUCGCCACAUUUCUUUUUUUGCCCUUUUUUUGCCCUUUUUUUGUCCUUUUCUCAUUUCUUUCCCUACUGUACUCGUCCUCUCGUCCUAUUAUGGGUCUUUAUUAGACCUCACUGAUUUCAACUUAUUCUUGGAAGGUGCUAGGUACCAGAUGUGAUGAGAGAGAUAGGAAAUAAUUGUUUUUUGUGUUGCAGUGUGGUGACAGGCCAAUGGAUACCCCUGGACAGCCAACUUAUUUGCAAUGCUUGCAUCCGCGGUUACUUAAACCACAGACACUGCCCCUCCAUGAGUCCCUGUGUCUUCCCCCCUCUCCUGACACUUGACACGCCUCUCACCCCCGCGUCAAGCCCGUCGAAAGAAGCACACACGUCAUGGCAGACCAAGAAAACCAGGACGGCCUAGCUCGAGCAAAGGCCUGCCUAGAAGAACUAAACGGCAAGCUAGAGAGGAAGGAGCAGCUCACACCCCGGGACAAGCGCUUCCUCCUCCGCACAGGCAAGCUCACCUACAAGGCCCUCGUGGCGCCGGAAUCCCUGACGCCCGCCGAGCGCAACCGCAUCCGCCUGAUGCCGCCGCCCGACGAGGUGGCGGCCAACAUCCGGCGCGUGACGGGCGGGGCCAUGUCGACGCCGGACGAGGUGUUCCGCAAGGUGGUUGCCGGUCCCGCCGACGCGGUGACGGACGACUUGGUCUCGCUCGUCGUCCACGGGUUCGCGGUGCCCGCCUCGGUCUACGAGGAGGCGCGCCGCCUGCCGUGGGUGCGCAAGCUGGGUGCGGCGUGGGGGCUCGCGUUCAACGCGGUCACGACGCCGGCGGAGAGGGAGGCGCACGGCGCGGCCGUGGCGCUCGAGACGCCGGAGAGGGUGGAGAGCUGUUUGCGAGGGCGAGGGAGGAGAUGAUGAGGAUGGCGGAUGAGUUGGAGGGGGAGGAGUGUCGGUGUGAGAGCUGCGCUGCAGACGGGGUUGAUGCGGUAUGCUUGGUGCCCUAAGCUGGGCAGGUAUCUGGAGUGAUUUUACUGAUGAAAGGGGUCCCGCCUGUCAUGAGCCGACAGACAAAAAGAUGGAACUACUCGCUACAACUCAGACGGACUCUUUGCCCAAAACCAUCACAGUUACAUUAACCCCUUGAAUUGAAUUGACUAUACGUUUGAA